AUGGUUGAAUUGAGAAAGCGCAAAGCGCCGCCACCGCCCCCAGUGCAGGUCAAGAAGCGCACCAAGACCAAGGCUCCUGCAACAACACCCAAACCAGCGGAAAUCGCGACCCCAUCGUCUACUGAACCCGUUCCAAAAGUUGGCGAUGUUGUGAGCCUAGAUGGAUUUGGCGGUGAAGUCGAGACCAAUGAUGGCACAAAGACUACACUGAAAGCACUCGUUGACGAGAGCGAAUCGGGUGUCGUGCUAUUCACAUAUCCCAAAGCUUCGACCCCUGGCUGCACUAAGCAAGCAUGCCUCUUUCGCGAUGGCCAUGACAAGCUGACCUCCACCGGCCUGUCCAUUUACGGCCUUUCCGGGGAUUCACCCAAAGCCAAUACGACGUUCAAGACGAAGCAAAAUCUGCAGUACCCUCUGCUCUGCGACCCUGCUUUCACCCUGAUUGGGGCAAUUGGUUUGAAAAAGGUACCUCGUGGAACAAUUCGGGGCGUUUUCGUUAUAGACAAGGCGGGCAAAGUCGUGAUCCUGCAGUCCGGCGGUCCUGAUGCAACUGUGGAGGCAGUGCGGCAAUUGGUCAUCUCGACGUCCAAAGAUAGUAAGGACAAGAACAGCGACACUUGA